CGAUGGCGUAGUUUAGUCGGUUUGUCAGACCUGGCGCGGUGAGGAUUGAUGCCAGUGGUGGGAAUGAGGAGGUGCAUGUUAGUGUGUAUAAGAAUGUGGAUGGGGUUGUUGCGGUGCAGGUUAUCAAUAAUUCAGCGGAUGCUAUGGAUGUUGAGUUGACUCUCGACGGCGGGAAAGCUCUGUCAAGUCCAGGUGUUAUCUUGACUGAUAAUGAGAGUGAUUUGAAGGAUUCGGGCCAGAUUACUGCUGGGAAGAAUGGGGCUUGGGAGAGAACGGUGCCUGCAAGGUCGAUGGUGAGUUUGGUAGGGUUGUAGAUGUAGUGAUGGAGGAAAGGAGGUGCUGAACGCACGGUCCCCGGGCUAAAAGGCAAAAUAAGAUUAGAGGACGGGU